GAUGGUUGAUGGAUGAGAGCUUCUGCUUGCCUCGGUCAGUUCCAUGAAGGCCUCAGCGGGCUUGGGGGCUCCCUCGCAACGCAAAGGGAGAGUCUACAGGAUCAAGGCCACGGCUUCCUUUGUGGACGAAUCGCUCUUUGGUAACCAAGGAAAGCACCAACCGUCUGGCCCGGAGUUUGAACCACCCUGGAAGGAGGCCAAGACUCAUAGUCAAAGACCCCUGCUAUGGAGCCCGGAGGCCAGACGGGUAGAUUCCAGUCCUUUGAAAUCCCCCCAGUCGGUCAGCACCCCACGGAAGAGGAGUAAAUACAGGUUGAAAAGCCACACGCCAUCCUAUUGCGACGAGACUCUCUUUGGGUCCAAGCCGGGAGGACACGGAUGGACAGCUUCUUGGGCCACCAGAGAAGAUGUGGCUAAACUCCGUCCUCUGCUCUGGACUCCGCCUUCAGCUCCAAGAGACCGGCCAGUCCUUUCCCACCGUCCACCGAAGGAGGUGGUGGCCUCCACGGGGAAUGGCAGAUUUGAAGCCAAUCACAAAGCAGGAACCUCUGCUUGGAAGCCACCUGAGAAUCCUUCAGACGGGGCCACGAGAAGACCACGUUCCCAGUCCCUCACCAAACUGUAUGAUGCUUCCGAUCGAUUUCGCCCAGGAAGAUCCAAUAAACAGCAGGACCAACGUACGCCCACUGCUUCUUCUGGAGUUCUUCUCACUCCACGUUGGAAAGCGUUGCCUGGUACAUCUGCUCGGACAACAGGUUCACAGCCAGAAAAACCUCCCUGGAGGUAGACUAGCCCAACCCAUCCUGUAAGUGGACGCCUUCCGAAAUCAGUGUGCUGGCUGGGGAAUUCUGGGAGUGACGGUCCACCCACGUUCGAAGUUUACCGAAUUAAGGAAACGCGGCACGAAAUGGAAGAGAAUAGCGAUACAAUAGCUUAUAGACUUAUAGACCACUUCACAGUGCUUUUUCAGCCCUCUCUAAGCGGUUUACAAAGUCAGCCUCUUUUCCCCAACAAUCUG